UCUCCCUUUCCACUCCACAAAAACGGAAACGCCAAACAGAUCUUUAUAUCCCAACUUAAGACAGAAUCGCUUGCCUAACCAGUUUUGGUAGUUCAUGGCAGGCACGUGCCCCCGCGGGACGCCUCACGUGAUAGGCUCCUCUGUCGGCGAGCUCGCCAGAACCGGUUGCCGAGCUGGAGCCUCGCUCUCCGUCCGUAUUUCCUCAAGGAGCUACGCGGUCGCUGCCGCAGCCGCCGCUGCGCGCAACGGCUGUCGUCGUGUGGAAGGACCGUCGUGUAUCUUCAUCGGCCCAGUGGAAACCGCCAGUCAAGAAAACCUAGAAGCUCUUUAUCGUCAAGCUCGGGACGCUUAUUAUAGCGGAGAACCGUUGAUAGUUGAUGACAUGUUUGAUAGAGUUGAGUUAAAACUGCGGUGGUAUGGGUCCAAAUCUGUUGUGAAGUAUCCGCGCUGCAGUCUCAGGCAGCAGUCCACUUAUGCGGAUGCUGAGGAAGAUCCUUCACAGGUGUUUGCAUUGGCAAGCGUAUGGCUCUUGAUUCUUGGUUUUGGAUCUUCAGCUUGUCUUCUGCCUGUAGCAUACACUGUUUUUCAAGCUUAUAAAGACGCAUUCGAUUCAGGAAUUUCUUACACUAAUCAAGCCUCUACACUAGAGUUCUUUGCUACACUUAAUGGCAUGCUCUUGAUGUUGUUCGGGUCCAUGGUUGGCUAUCCAAUUGCAUCAGCCUCCGUUGGAGCACUUCAAGGACUCUGGAAAAAUGAUUUGGUGGCAUUGAAAGGGGUAUGCCCUAAUUGUGGUGAAGAGGUGUUUGCAUUUGUUAGAUCAGAUCGGUCGAUUCACUCCCCACAUAGAGUGGAGUGUCAUGUAUGUGAGAGCUCCUUGGAGUUCCGCACAAAAAUUGAGCAAUCCAUCUCAAGACCAGGUAGACGAUGGGUGUAUGGUCGCAUCUAUUUAAUUCGAUCUAGGGGUAGAUGUCAAAGAUGGGCAUAAGAUAGAAAUUCUCAGCCUUGUGCUUCAUUAACUGGAUUGGAUCCUCUUGUAUAGGAACACAUUCAAGCUAUUGCUUUAUUCUCUGUUGGUAAGUUGUGGCAGUACUGGUGGAAGUAUUUGCUACAGCAUACAAACUGCAGCAUGUUUUUGUUUGAAGUUUCAUGCCAGGGAGAACACUGAAGAGUCUGUUUAUCUGAAAAAUCGUGUAGGAUUUUGCAACACUUGAUUUAUAUUUGUUGGCGCGUGGCUAAUAUAUUUUUGCAAUUGGAGUCUCGCUA